AGUGUGGGUUGUCAGCGGGUUGGUUGGGCUUGUGUUUACAGCUCGGCUGGAUGCUGAUGUUAUUGGGAAGUGCAAUGUUGUACCAACCACCAUUGGAAUAAAUACAACCGUGGGAAUAAAGGUGAUUUUGCUCAUCAUCUCCCACCACUCUCUCCUCCCGUCUUCCAUUCAUGAGCGGCGUGGCUGAGUUUAACUGCGGAAGCCAUGGAUGACAAGGGCUCGGUGGGGAAGAUUAGCGUGUCUUCGGACUCAGUGUCCACACUCAACAGUGAGGACUUUGUCCUCGUGUCCCGGCUGGGGGAUGAGACACCCUCCUCCACUAAUAAUGGUAGUGAUGACGAAAAGACAGGACUGAAGGUGAUUUCUGAGGAAGGGGUCAGCUUUAAGAUUGUGGGGAAUGGAAGUGAGCAGCAGCUCCAGAGGGAGUUAGAGGAUGUCCUCAUGGACCCAUCGGUAGCCGACACCGGGCUCAGAUCAGACACAGGAAUGGACAACCUUGGUGGGGGCGACCGUGGCCCACUCGCCACUAUGGCGUCACCCGUACCGCCGGGCUCUGACCCCCUGAGCGCACAAUUGCCCAAGUUGGAGAUGGUGCUUCCUGUUCAGACGGCUCAGGAGAGCGAGCUGAAUGAGAGGUCGUAUCGAGCAGAUGAAUCCUCGUCAGACGGCAGUCCCGGCAGUCCCAUCCCAGACGAGGACAGCGUUGUGUUCAGCCAGCUGACGUACCUUGGGUGCGCCUCAGUCAACGCCCCCCGCAGUGAGGUGGAGGCCCUCCGUAUGAUGAGUAUCCUCAGAGGGCAGUGCCAACUCCCCCUAGACGUCACACUGUCUGUGCCAGGCGUGUCCGAAGGCACUGUCAGGUUGCUGGACCCCAACGUCAGUACGGAGAUCGCCAACUACCCCAUCUACAAGAUUCUGUUCUGCGUGCGAGGCCAUGACGGCACACCAGAGAGCGACUGCUUUGCCUUCACUGAGAGCCACUACAAUGCGGAGAUCUUCAGGAUCCAUGUGUUCCGCUGCCAAAUCCAAGAAGCGGUGAGUAGGAUACUGUACAGCUUUGCCACGGCGUUCCGGCGGUCAGCUAAGAAGGCAGUUCUGUCAUCUCAGCAGCCUGCACCGCUCACCCCUGACAGUGACUUGUUUACCUUCACGGUCAGUCUGGAGAUCAAGGAGGAUGAUGGCAAGGGUACCUUCAGUGCUGUAGCAAAGGACAAGCAGAGCUUCAAGCUGCGUGCUGGAAUGGACAAGAAAAUUGUUAUUUAUGUCCAGCAGACCUCCAAUAAGGAACUGGCUAUUGAGAGGUGUUUCGGCCUCCUGCUCAGCCCAGGGAAAAAUGUGAAGAACAGCGACAUGCACCUGCUAGAUCUGGAGUCAAUGGGAAAGAGUUCCGACGGGAAGUCUUACAUCAUCACAGGAAGUUGGAACCCCAACACGCCUCAGUUCCAGCCUGUGAAUGAGGAAACGCCCAAAGAUAAGUUCAUGUACAUGACGACAGCAGUGGACCUGGUGAUCACAGAGGUGGAGGAGCCGGUCCGUUUCCUGCUGGAGACGAGGGUCAGAGUCUGCUCCCCAAAUGACAGGCUGUUCUGGCCCUUCAGCAAGCGUAACUACACUGAGACCUUCUACCUUAGACUGCGACAGAUGGAGCGUAAGGAGCGUAAGAGUCCGGCCUCCGACACACUUUAUGAGGUGGUGAGUUUGGAAAGCGAGACUGAGAGAGAGAAACGGAAGACCACAGCUAGUCCCGGCAUCAUGGCCUCCGGGACCGGUAACACGGUCACUUCACCACCUGAGGAUGAUGAAGAGGAAGAUAAUGAUGAGCCGUUACUCAGCGGGUCAGGUGAUGUUUCCAAGGAGUGUGCAGAGAAGAUCCUGGAGACCUGGGGGGACUUGUUAACCAAGUGGCAUAUGAACUUAUCAGUGCGUCCCAGGCCGCUGCCGGCUUUGGUGCGGAGCGGCAUUCCCGAGGCUCUCCGCGGGGAGGUGUGGCAGCUCCUGGCAGGCUGCCACAACAAUGACCACCAGGUAGAAGAGUACCGCACUCUGAUCACAAAGGAGUCUCCUCAGGACAGUGCCAUUACCAGGGACAUUAACAGGACAUUCCCGGCUCAUGACUACUUCAAAGACACCGGAGGAGAUGGACAAGACUCCCUCUACAAGAUCUGCAAGGCUUACUCUGUUUACGAUGAGGAGAUCGGCUACUGCCAGGGACAAUCCUUCCUGGCUGCUGUGCUGCUGCUGCACAUGCCAGAGGAGCAAGCGUUCAGUGUGCUGGUCAAGAUCAUGUUUGAUUACGGGCUCCGGGACCUUUUCAAGCAGAACUUUGAAGACCUGCAUUGCAAGUUCUUCCAACUUGAGAGGCUCAUGCAGGAAUAUAUCCCAGACCUGUACAACCAUUUCCUGAAUGUGGGUCUGGAGGCCCAUAUGUAUGCCUCUCAGUGGUUCCUCACCCUCUUCACAGCCAAGUUCCCUCUUUACAUGGUCUUCCAUAUCAUUGAUCUGCUACUGUGUGAGGGCAUCAGCGUGAUCUUCAAUGUGGCCUUGGCAUUACUAAAGACAUCAAAAGACGAUCUGAUCCAAACGGACUUCGAGGGUGCACUCAAAUUCUUCCGUGUGCCGGUUCCGAAGAGGUACCGCUCUGAGGAAAACGCAAAGAAACUGAUGGAGCUGGCCUGUAGCAUUAAGAUCAGCCAGAAAAAGCUGAAGAAAUUUGAGAAGGAGUACCACACCUUGAGGGAGCAACAGGAACAACAGGAGGCCCCCAUCGAGAGAUACGAGCGGGAGAACCGUCGUCUGCAAGAGGCUAACAUGCGCUUGGAGCAGGAGAAUGACGACCUGGCACAUGAACUAGUCAGCAGCAAGAUAGCCCUGCGCAAAGACCUCGACAACGCUGAGGAGAAGGCAGACGCCCUGAAUAAAGAGUUGCUGCUGACCAAACAGAAGCUGGUGGACUCUGAGGACGAGAAGAGGCGACUGGAAGAAGAAUCUGCACAGCUGAAGGAGAUGUGCAGACGAGAGCUUGAUAAGUCUGAAUCCGAGAUAAAGAAGAACGGCUCGAUUAUUGGAGAAUAUAAGCAGAUCUGCUCCCAGCUGAGUGAACGACUGGAGAAACAACAGACAGCCAACCGAGGAGAACUGGAGAAAAUCCGGUCCAAAGUGGAAGGUUGUGAGAAGUGCAGCAGCCUUUUCAACAAAGAAGGCCGCGUGCGGGCCGCUGUGACCUCAGCAUCAGCCGGGGGGACGGAGGAGACCGAUGAGGAGAAGGAGGAUCUGAAGAGCCAGCUGAGGGAGAUGGAGCUGGAACUCGCUCAGACCAAACUGCAGCUUGUGGAGGCUGAGUGCAAAAUCCAGGAUCUAGAGCACCACCUGGGUCUGGCCAUCAACGAAGUGCAGGCUGCCAAGAAGACCUGGUUCAACCGAACGCUCAGCUCUAUCAAGACCGUGACUGGGACCCAGGGCAAGGAGACCACCUAACCUGAUAAGCCCAUCGUCCGGUUUCACCCGGACUACGUCCUCUUAUUGAGAAUGUCCUUCCGUCUCCCUGUUCCCGCCGCUCCUGAUCUAAUCCAUUUAUUCUCCUCUCCACCCCGAAUGACUACGGCACAAAUGUGCUGAUGCGAAGGGGUUAAAAAUCAUAAGAUGAAGUACAACGCUACCACUUUCCCCCAGAGACACAAUGUGCUUCCACCGGUCACAGAAAGAAAAGUGUAAAAAAAAAAAAAACAAAAAAAAAAAAGGCCGUGCUCCGUUUAUUUCUCUUUGAACUACUGAUAGUAAUGACCCGCAGAAGCAAGGUAGGACAUCUGAACUGUUACUGUCCUGACGGGAUAGAGGAUCGAACACUCCGUCCUCCCUUGCUGCUCUGCGUGCCUCCCUCUUCACUACUGGCACAAACCAGCCAGUCUCUGUAAAACCCGUUGUUUUAGGUACGAGAGCUAAGACACCUUUUCAAAAACUGAGCUUUUCUAAUUUACGUUGAACAAUACCUUUUCCUUUUUCUGUGUGUGUGUGUGUGUGUGUGUGUGUGUGUGUGUGUGUGUGUGUGUGUGUGUGUGUGUGUGUGUGUGAGUGUGAGUGACUGUAAAAAAAGCACUAAGGUUGUGUGUGUACAUGCAUGUAAGUCCUUUAAUGUUCAAAUAUGUAUAUGAACGAUGCUACAGAAGAGUUUGCUGACAAAGCCUUGAUCUGAAGGUUGAUACAGAUGUUACCAGUGGAUAUGAAUAUAUCAUUUACAGUAAGGACAGAAACAUUAAAAGCUGUUAAAGCAGCAUCAUCUUCCUCACAUAUGUCAGACAUAAAACAUGGUUGAGGUUUGGAUGUCCCAGCACAAAGAAACUAAAAAAAAAAAAAAACUCCAAACCAUGCAAACCUUUAUUAUUAUGUAUUUUACAUUAUGUAUUAUACAUGUAUGUAUGCAAGCUCACUGUUGAACCCCAGAGUGGUGCAACGCUGGUUACAAACCCUAAACGGUGUAGAGUCAAAAUGGAAAGGACAAACGCACAUACACAGAACGUUUUAAUUCCUGCUGCACUUGAACACACCUUUAAAUAUUAGAAAGGGCAAGAUGUCGGCUCUGAAAGGCGGUUUGGUUAUCUUUAUACAGAAUGGAGAGGAAAUGCAAUGCAGUCAGCAAACGAAACAUGCUUAAUCUGUAAGAGAGGUUUUCAACAACUAACAGGAAGGCCACAUGGACAGAGGAUUGGAUUGGAUUGGCUUGACUUUAGUGGAUGCUGUUGACAGCUAGGGACAAGAAGAUGAGGCAGCAGUAGGCAUGCGAUUGCCAAAACCGUGAAAUUGGAAUAUGAUGCAGCAAAUGAUGAAUUGGCACAAUAAGCUUGUAUCCAGUGUUGAGUCAAAGGUAGAGUCUGAUGUAAUGGUAAGGAGUGUUUUUUGGCUUAUGAUGUCCCGGUGCAUCUUUUCCUGGCAGUGUGACAAACGGCUCAUCUCGAGAUGGAUGCAGUUACAUGACAGAAACGUGUUUGUUCCGGGUGCCUGCACUCGUCUCCAGGGGCAGCACCGUUGGGAUGAGGUGGAGCAGGAACCGCAGCACAAGCGUUUCGCAGCUUCCAAAAAAAUCGACAGGAAUGGAUCGACUUUAUCGAACCAGCAUGGAGUAAACAUCCUUGUGAAACAUUUCCAACGCCUUGAUGAAUUCAUGUCUCAAGUUGAUCAAUGCGUUCAGGACAAAGGGGCGGUUGGAAGAGUGCUUGUGUGUGUGUGUGUGUGUGUUUGUGUCUUCAUAUUUAGCUUACUAUAAAGGGGGCUCAACAAUAUUUUAAUUUCUGUUCAUAUUUCACGGAUCAGAUUAGAGACUGAAGACGAAAAAAACAGCUUCUUCUUCUUUUGCCAGCCUGAAAUGAACAGUUACUGUAAAUUGCAUCAAACUUGAAGGAGGAAUCGGAUUGGCUGAAAUCUGCUGGUGAUGUCAGAGAAAAGGUCCGGAUGAAGAAAUAAAGGGCCAUCCCUCUAAAGGCACUGGGUUGUAUAUAACAAACGUUAAAAAAAGAAAUGAAUAUUGAGUUUUUGUUUAUGAUUUUCUACUGUGUAACUAUAACUGUUUGCCUCCUUGUACCUACAAACCUGCUGUCGUGCUAUUAAUCCACAAUGUUUUACGUUUUUAAUGUUUAUAUUGCUCAAAGCUUCUCAGUCAGACUGCUGUUUGGUUAACUAAAUGCCAAAACGUAGCUUUAUCAUCCAACAAAAAAUAUUAUCGUGUGGAAAUUGUUAUAGUGUAGGAUGCAUUGUGUAUACUUCAUGAAUUUCAAUAUAAAGAUAUCAACACAAAA